AUGUUACCCUUUGCAGCUCCCUCUAUUGCUCAAGUACACCAUGUUGUAUUGAGAGAUCAUCAAGAAGUGGUUGUCAAGAUGUCACAACGUAAAAGAAAUAGAGGUAAAGGUAAAAUAGUUACGGGUAGUCAUUCACAAGCUGACAUCUCACAACCGCCAUUGUUGCAUGCAUUAAUUGAUGAUCCAGAAGAAGGAAGUACACCUGUAAUGGAAACACCACGUAAUGAAGUCCAUAGAAUGUUGGAGGACACCGACUCUAAGCGUACUCCCUCAAGCUCAAGGCCCACAGAGCAUACUACCGAAGGACCUAGCGAACAUACUUCUUAUGUAGCUUCCGAGAGUAUUGAUGAAGCUACUUUAGGUGGAGGAGGGGAGGGUAUGACAACAGAAUCACCACCAAGCACGAUUCCAGCAGACCGAUUUACCACUUUUAUUCGCACAGUUGGCGGAACAGCAUUUGAGCCUCAUACAACAUACCGCCAUAUCAUACUUUGUAUACAACGAAUGUUCACAGAGCCAAUAAGAUCAUUCAAGUAUGCUCCUCAACAUUUGAAAGAUGUGUGGUUUAAUGAGUUUAAGAAAAAACAUCGUUGGGAUCCAUCGGAGGAGGAUACUGUUCGCCGCAUUUUUCAGAAAAAAGGUGCAAAGCUGCUUUCAGACCAUCUUCGAGAAGCUCGCGAGGGCUUUACAAAAAAUAGAGCGAAACCAGACUGGAUUUCGGAUGACGUGAUGGCUGGAUUAGUUCGCAUUUGGGGGAGUGAUGAGUUCAAAAAGCUCUCUGAAAAAACAAGAGGAACAAAAAUUCAGACUGCGAUGGACUAG